GAGGAGUAUGUGAAGUUAAGGUCCUUCACAAAGCCCCUUGAGCAGAUUCAUCAUACGCAGAGAGAAUCGAUUUCCAGGCGAGAUCAGUCUUUUGUUCACCAUAUUUGUGAGUUUUACUUUAAAUCUCUGAUGGGAAGUGGCAGUUCGAAAUCCUCGAGCAGGACUAACAGUCGAAAGUAUUCUCAAAGUUCUUCGUUUGCUUCUUCUUCGAAUCCUCACCAAAAUUACACGCCACUACAUUCUUCUGCGGCUUCACGCCCACAGAAGAAACAAGGCAACAAGUAUUCACAUAUCGGAGAUGACUACCGUUCCAUUGACGAGGUUACGGCUGCUCUGUCGAAAGCCGGUUUGGAAUCAUCGAAUUUGAUUGUUGGUAUAGAUGUCACAAAGAGCAACGAGUGGACAGGAGCGAGGUCAUUCAACAAGAAGAGCUUACAUGACAUCGGACCAGCUCCAAACCCUUACGAGCAAGCGAUUUCCAUCAUCGGAAAGACUUUAUCCUCUUUUGAUGAGGAUAACUUGAUCCCUUGUUAUGGAUUUGGAGAUGCUACAACACAUGAUCAGGAGGUCUUCAGUUUCUAUCCGGAUGAUACAUUCUGUAACGGGUUUGAAGAUGUACUUACACGUUACAGAGAGAUCGUUCCUCAACUGUGUCUUGCAGGGCCGACUUCUUUUGCACCCAUUAUCGAAAGGGCCAUAACGAUUGUGGAAGAAAGCGGAGGGCAAUACCAUGUUCUUCUCAUCAUUGCUGAUGGCCAGGUGACAAGAAGCAUUGAUACACAGAACGGUGGCCUCAGUUCACAAGAACGAAAGACCAUUGAUGCUAUUGUUAGAGCAAGUCGAUAUCCAUUAUCGAUAGUUCUUGUUGGUGUUGGAGAUGGUCCUUGGGAUACAAUGAGACAGUUUGAUGACAACAUCCCCGCUCGUGCCUUUGACAAUUUCCAGUUUGUGAAUUUCACGGAGAUUAUGUGGAAGAACAUUGAUCCUGGAAGAAAAGAAGCUGAAUUUGCAGUUUCUGCUCUGAUGGAGAUCCCGUCUCAGUAUAAAGCCACCCUAGAGCUCGGCUUACUCGGACGAAGAACAGGAAACUGUCCAAAUAAGAUUGCUCGUCCGCCACCAGUAAGUGGUAUUAACCAAUCUCUAACCAACAGCUCGAAAAGUUCCUGGUCAAGCAGUGUUGCCUCUGCACCGCAUUUGCCGACUUGUAGUAACGAGAAAGAGGUUUGCCCAAUCUGUAUGGUCAAUAAAAAAAACAUGGCAUUCAACUGUGGACAUCAGACUUGCAAUGAAUGUGGACAAGACAUUCAAACCUGUCCCAUUUGCCGGACUUCUAUUGCAGUUCGUAUCAAGCUCUAUUAAGCAUCGACCAUUGUUUCUACCUCCAGGGAAAUAGGAGCUUAGUGGGUUUCCAUUUAUUCUUUCUGUACAUAGUUUUCUAUUUUCCUUCGCAUUCUCACUACUCUCGGAUUGAAUGGAGAGUGCAGUAAUUGGUUUUGCUAUUCUUUUUCCGCUUUCGAGCUUUCUUAAUAAACAAUAGAUUGUUUUCAAUUCAAGCAAGUCUUGCUCAUAUGUCCAUUGUUUGAACUAGAGGCAGUGGAAAUA